AUGGUAGCGGAUACCAUCCACGUUCACUCCCAUCUGGCCGGUUAUCCUACAUACCAUAUAUUUGGGCAUGACAUUGUCCUCGACGUUCCUAUCUCAGCUUUGAUACUUUCCACCAUUGGAGCUGUUUUUCUCCUUCGAUACACACUCUCUGUGUUCAGACUCAUCUUAGAGCUUGCUGUACUUCCAGGCAAAAACGUCAAGAGAUAUCAAUCUCGAAAUGGUAAAACCUGGGCACUGGUCACAGGCUGUACAUCUGGUAUCGGACUAGAGUUCGCUCGUCAAUUAGCUAAAAAAAGGUUCAAUGUCAUUCUCAUUGGAAGAAGGAAGAAUGCAUUGGAUGAGGUUUCUCAGGAACUCGAGAGUAAAUAUGGUGUUGAGACCAAGUCUUUCAUUGUGGACGUUUCUACUCCUGGAUCAUCAAGAGAUGAAGCUCUUUCUCAAAUUGAACUUUUCGCUAAAUCCAAUGACCUAGGUGUUCUAAUCAACAAUGUCGGUGCUUCUCAUGCUAUGCCCGUCGCAUUUGCCGAGACUGAGCGAAGUGAGAUGAACAGUAUCAUCGAGACUAAUAUCAACUGGACUUUGUUACUCACCAGAGCGGUCAUCCCAUCGAUGAUAGCACGUUCAUCCAAAAGAGGUUCACCCAAAUCACUCAUCAUGAGUAUCGGUUCUUUAUCAGGUAGAAUCCCUUCACCUCUAUUAGCUACGUAUUCAGGUACAAAAGCAGCUUUAUCAACUUGGACCAAAGCACUUGCUGAAGAAGUGAAAGAGAAAGGUGUGGAAGUUGAAUUGGUUCAAGCUGCGUUCGUGGUCUCAAACAUGUCCAAGAUCAGAAGAUCAUCCGCUCUAGUACCUACGCCAGCGAACUUUGUUCGAUCGGUCUUAUCUUCAUUCGGUUUACCAAGAGGAGCUCAAGGAAGACCAUACGAGCGAACUCCAUUCUGGACUCAUGCAUUCUUGGAUUACGUGGUUGGUUUCGCGGGUUACCUCAGUGAAGUCACCGGGAUCAAGGUUAUUAAUAGUAUGCAUAAGGAUAUCAGAAAGAGGGCUUUGAGAAAGGCUGAAAGGGAGAAGGGCGGCAAAAAGGAGUAA